AUGCGAAAAGUCCAUGUGGUCGCGGUUUUAAGCAAACUUAAAAUGCUAGACGCCGACAGUCUAGAGCAGAGGUCGGGAACCUUUUUUGAGUUAGAGAACCAACAAAGCCAUCUGAGAGCUGCCGUGAACGAUAUCUCGGCCGAAGUCUCACUGGGGGCCUCAGAGGAGGAGGAGGAGGAGGACGAAGGGGAGCGCGCGGAGGUUGCUGCAGUUUGGUCACCAGCCGCGCGAUCACAGGGAUCGCGGCACGCCCCUGGUCCUUGGGAUGACGAUGACGACGAUGAUGUCAUCCACCACGCCUAUCCUGAUUUUACGUCGCCCAGUGGUGGUGGUGGUGGUGAUGCCUGUCAUGCUAGAGAGGCUUUGAGCUCUUCACCCGACUUCCUCUCCACCUCACCUGCCAAUCAACCCACACCAGAAUGCCUGUCUCAUUCGGGUUAG